AACACGUCCUCUGCCAACCCCCCCAUGAAGAACUUUAAAGGGAGUGGCUCUCCUUGCGCUGGCUGCACUGUUUCUCCAGACACCUCCGCGUGUUGGUCACUCCGCUCCAGGCAAACAUGACACCAGAGUUUUCCAAGAACGCAGUGGAGAGCCCGGAGCCAUGCAAGGCAGAUGUAAAAGGGAAUAUUCCCGGCUGGCUGCAAGGCACGCUCCUGCGCAACGGCCCCGGCAUCUUCUCCGUGGGUGACACCAGCUACGACCACUGGUUUGAUGGGAUGGCCCUCAUGAACAGCUUCGCCUUUAAAGAUGGUGAAAUGACCUACAGAAGCAGAUUCCUCAAGAGUGACACCUACAAGUCUAACAUGGCUGCAAACAGGAUAGUUGUAUCUGAAAUGGGCACAAUGGCCUACCCAGACCCCAGAAAGAACUUUAUUGUCAAGGCGAUCACCUUUCUCAACCACACAGUGCCCGACUUCACUGACAACGGUGCAAGCAAUUUUAUUAAAUACGGAAACGACUAUUACGCCACCUCUGAAACCAACUACAUCCGCAAGAUUGAUCCAGUGACGCUGGAAACGCAGGAUAAGGUGGACUACAUGAAGUACCUGCCGGUGAACUUGGCUUCAUCCCAUCCGCACUACGACAAAGAGGGCAACGCCUACAACAUCGGAACUUCAGUAGCGGAGAAGGGCAAGACUAAAUACAUACUGUUCAAAGUCCCUGUUGUUCCAGAGAAAGACAAAGGCAAGAACGCCCCCGCGCUGAAGAAUGUGGAGGUGAUCUGCACGCUUCCCUGCCGAUCCCUACUCACACCCAGCUACUACCACAGCUUCGGCAUCACGGACAACUAUCUCAUCUUCAUCGAGCAGCCUUUAAAACUGGACAUCCUCAAGAUGGCCACUGCGUACAUGAGGGGAGUCAACUGGGCGAGCUGCCUGAAGUACAGCCCUGAGGAAGAUUGUCUGAUCCACCUGAUAGACAGAAAGACCGGCAAAGAAGUCGAGACAAAGUACUUCACCGAAUCAAUGAUCGUCUACCAUCAUGUGAACGCUUUUGAGGAAGACGGUCAUGUGAUCUUCGAUGUCAUCGCCUACAAAGACAACAGCCUUUAUGACAUGUUCUACUUUAGCAAACUGAAGGAAAAAGCCGGGUCUCACGAUGAAAGCUACUCCAAGCCAAGCUACAAACGAUUUGCACUUCCGGUCCAGCCGGACAAGGGCGUGGCGGUCGGAGAGAACCUGGUGAAACUCAAAUACACAACAGCCAGUGCUGUAAAGGAGAAAGAAGGCAAACUAGUGUGCCAGGCAGAGGUGCUCUAUGAAGGUCUCGACCUACCCAGGAUAAAUUAUGAUGUCAACGGCAAGAGACACCGGUUCAUCUACUGCAGCUGCGUGGAGAACUCUGCACUGGCUAAAGAGAUUGCAAAGUUUGACACAGAAACCAAGGAAAGGAUUUGCUGGAGUGAGGACAACUGCUGGCCGUCAGAGCCUGUCUUCGUCCCCAGACCUAAUGGAGAGUCGGAGGAUGAUGGUGUGGUCUUAUCGGCAAUUAACAACUGCAACCCAGGCCAGUCGAGCUUCAUGCUGAUUCUGGAUGGCAGAACAUUCAAAGAGGUCGCUCGGGCAUAUGUGAAGGCUGAGCUCCCCCAGUCUAUGCAUGGGUUUUUUAUCCCACAAGGAAAUUAGUCAGUUGUGUAUAACUGCCUUUGGAGAACUUCUAAAAAUCGUACUGUAAGGCGCAGGUAUCUAUUGGAACGCACACACUGCUGAACAGUGUUGUAUUUUAGGCAAAAGUGUGGUGAGGAUGUACAUGGCUUCAUGGACUACCUCUGUAAAAUGAUAGGGACCGUAUCGAAACUAAUUUUUAUCGCUUUGUUUAUUAGUAAAGAUGCGAAUUUAUCGAUUUUGUGUGAAUCUAAGUGCCACUUAAAGGUAUACCAUGCAGGAAUUGUCAGUUACUGUUUGUAGACAGUAUCACCAAUCCCAAGCUUUGUCCGCUUGGCGUUUUCACCACGCUACAUUUGUGUUUUUUAUGCGCUUUGUCCGCCAUUUUCACAGCUUCCUCUUGGAUGUGUGCAGUGGAAAAGGAUUAGGGUCACACGUGAAAAAUAUAUUUGAGUCUAAAGUCAGGAUUCUGAGAAUAAACAAAAAGAAAUCAUGGAAAAUAGUGAAGUUUUAUUCUCAGAUUACCAACUUAAAUCUCAGAACUGUGGCUCUAAUCUUCAUCCAUGCUACUACCUGGUCGCUACCUCUUUAAAAUGUGCCAGCCACACCUGCGCGCGAGCAAAAUGAGCAGAAAAUAAGUAAAUUAAGGCAGACAGCAGGGUCUCUGCAGAAAGACACAACGCCACACACUUCUAGUUGGUCAUAAGUGAUGAUUGAGAGGGAUUAAUUUUGUAUGAGUCUAUACAUUGUUUUGUUUUUUAAGGAAAACCCAGCAUAGUAUACCUUUAAGCACGUACAUAUAUUACUGUUAAUGUAUUUCACAUUAUUCUCUUGUAUUGCUGUGACGAUCAAUGCACUUGUGCUCAACCUUUUCAAUAAAAAGACAAAACAACAACAAAAAA